CAGGAAUUCCCACUCCUCGCGUAUGCCUCUGGCCAAUCAGAGCACAGGUGGGCGGUAUCACCGUGGGCCUGGCAUUCACGUUUGGUUGCAAAGAAAGCCUUCACCCGGGUGUGAACAGCUGAGUUAAGGAGGCACAGAGACGGAUACCCUUCCCCACCACACCUCUCCCUAUCCUAGCAGCCUCCUCGACUGUUGGAUACUCUUUGGAACUAUCUGGAAACUUCAUUUCUGCUUUAAUUCUGGACGGAAUGGAUUUUGAGAACACCUAACCUGGAUGUUUUGCUGUUUACGUUUUUUUGAAAGCCAGUUUGUGGAGUUUGACAACUUUUUGAAGAGGUCAUAUUAAGUCUUUCUGGAAAGGAGGAACUAACUCCAAACCACAAUGGAUCAAGCCAGCGGUGGUGAAGACCCGAAUAAACCCUCUAAAAAGAAGUCCAAUGAGGAUGAGGGUAAAAACAAAAAGCUGAACAUACACAUAAAAACAUUGGCUGAUGAUAUGCGUGAUCGCAUCACCAGUUUUAGGAAACAAGGAAUGAAAAAGGAAAAGCCUCUCAUCCAGCACCCGACAGAUCCCCUCUCCACCCAGGCCGAGCUGCCCGUUCCUCAGCCCCUCUUCGACGACCGCUCCAUGAACCUGUCGGAAAAGGAAAUCAUCGACCUCUUUGAGAAGAUGAUGGAGGACAUGAACCUGAAUGAGGACCGCAAAGCCCCCCUGCGCGGGAAGGACUUGAGCACCAAACGCGAGAUGGUGGUCCAGUACAUCUCAGCCACAGCCAAAUCUAUAACUGGGAGCAAAGUUGCGGGAGGACUGAGAAACAGCAAACAUGAGUGCACGCUUUCAUCCCAAGAAUAUGUCCACGAGCUGCGUUCUGGCAUCACAGAAGAAAAGCUGCUCAACUGUCUGGAGUCUCUCAGAGUUUCUCUCACAAGUAACCCUGUCAGUUGGGUUAAUAACUUUGGUCACGAGGGUCUCGGCCUCCUCCUGGAUGCCCUGGAGAAGCUGCUGGACAAGAAACAGCAAGAAAGCAUCGACAAAAGGAACCAGCACAAACUCAUACAAUGUUUAAAAGCCUUCAUGAACAACAAGUAUGGACUGCAAAGGAUCCUGGGAGACGAGCGGAGCCUGUUGCUACUGGCACGAGCGAUUGAUCCCAAACAGACCAACAUGAUGACUGAGAUCGUCAAAAUUCUCUCUGCUUUUUGUAUCAUUGGAGAAGAAAACAUCCUGGAUAAGAUUCUAGCAGCCAUGACCAUCGCUGCAGAGAGGAACAACAAAGAGAGGUUUGCUCCAAUCGUCGAAGGACUGGAGAACCACGAAGCCCAGCAACUCCAGGUUGCUUGCAUGCAGCUGAUCAACGCCCUGGUCACCUCCCCUGAUGAUCUGGACUUCCGGAUACAUUUGCGCAAUGAGUUCCUGAGAUGUGGCCUCAAGAAGAUCCUACCUGAACUGAAAGAGACAGAAGAGCUUGACAUCCAGCUGAAGGUAUUCAACGAGAACAAGGAGGAGGACUCAAUUGAGCUCUCCCACCGCCUGGACGACAUCCGGGCUGAGAUGGAUGACAUGAAUGAGGUGUACCAUCUCCUGUCCAAUAUGGUGAAAGACACCGGCUCUGAGCCCUUCUUCUUGUCCAUCCUUCAGCACCUAUUGCUCAUCAGGAAUGACUAUUACAUCAGGCCUCAGUAUUACAAGGUGAUAGAGGAGUGCGUCUCCCAGGUAGUCCUGCAUCGAAACGGCAUGGACCCGGACUUUGGCUACAGUAAACGACUGGACGUGGACUUCACUCAUCUGAUUGAUCAGUGUGUGGACAAAGCCAAAGUUGAGGAGAGCGAGCAGAAGGCAGCAGAGUACUCCAAAAAGUUUGAUGAGGAGUUCAGUGCACGGCAGGAGGCCCAGGCUGAAUCUCAAAAGAAGGAAGAGAGAAUCAAAGAGCUGGAGGGGAAGAUCCAGGCCCUGGAGUCCCAGAUUGCAGCCGGUCCAGCUGCACCCGGAGCACCACCUCCACCACCAGUUCCAGGUGGUACAGGGGCUCCGCCUCCUCCUCCGCCUCCUCCACCUCCACCUGGUGGCAUUCCACCACCUCCACCUCCUCCUCCUCCCCCUGGCCAUGCAGGCAUGCCACCACCGCCACCACCACCUCCACCCCCUGGUGGAGGACCUCCUCCUCCCCCUCCACCUCCAGGUUUUGGACCCCCACCCCCUCCACCUUUCUUUGGGGGCCCAGGGGGCCCUCCUCCACCUCCUUCACUGCCUGUUAUCAAGCUGCCUUAUGGACUGGAGCCCAAGAAGACUUACAAGCCUGAAACAGUGAUGAAGAGGGUCAACUGGACCAAGAUAGUGCCUCAGGAAAUGGCAGAGAAUUGCUUCUGGAUCAAAGUCAAAGAAGAGAAGUUUGAGAAUCCUGACCUAUUUGCUCAGCUCUCCCUCUGCUUCUCGUCGCAGAGCAAAGUGAAAAAAGAUGUCAAAGACGAGACUGACGACAGAAUGCCACAAUUCAAGAAAAAGGCCAAAGAGCUUCGCAUCUUGGACGCCAAGACAGCACAGAAUCUUUCAAUUUUCUUGGGCUCGUUCCGCCUGCCUUAUGAAGAGAUCCGGGACAUUGUGCUGGAGGUAGACGAGGAAAGACUGAGCGAAUCACUCAUCCAGAACCUGAUAAAGAACCUGCCAGAGCAGAAAGAGCUGAGUGCGCUGGCGGAACUAAAGGGCGAAUAUGAGGAGCUGGUGGAGUCGGAGCAGUUUGGCAUUGUGAUGAGUUCGGUAAAACUCCUGCGACCUCGUCUCAAUGGCAUCCUGUUCAAGCUGACGUUUGAGGAGCAGGUGAACAACAUCCGGCCUGACAUCAUGAAUGUGACGUUCGCCUGCGAGGAGGUGAAGAAGAGCGAAGCCUUCUGCAAAUUCCUGGAGCUGGUGCUGCUGGUUGGCAACUACAUGAACGCCGGCUCGAGGAACGCCCAGACGUUUGGUUUCAACAUCAGCUUCCUCUGCAAGCUCCGAGACACCAAAUCCAUCAGUCAUAAUACAACACUUCUUCAUUUCCUGGCUGAAAAGUGUGAAGAGAAUCAUGAAGCCAUUCUGAGGUUUCCAGAUGAACUGGAGCAUGUGGAAAAUGCCAGCAGAGUGUCUGCUGAGAUCUUAAAAAGCAGCUUGACCACCAUGGAACGCCAAAUUCAGAGACUGGAGAACGACAUCGAGAACUUCCCCAAAACAGACGACCGACAAGAUAAGUUUGUGGAAAAAAUGUCGGGCUUCUCCAAGCAUGCCCGGGAGCAGUAUGAAAAACUGUCCACGAUGCACAAGAACAUGCAAAAGCUCUAUGAGAACAUCGGCAGCUACUUUGCCUUCGACCCCCACUCGGUCAGCGUGGAGGAAUUCUUCGGGGAACUUGCCAACUUCCGCAUCCUCUUCAUGGAAGCAGUGAAGGAUAACCACAAGAAGAGGGAGAUGGAGGAGAAGAUCAAGAGAGCCAAGCUGGCGAAGGAGAAAGCUGAGCGCGAGAAGCUUGAGCGCCAGCAGAAGAAGAAGCAGCUGAUUGACAUGAACAAAGAGGGAGAUGAAACCGGUGUGAUGGAUAGCCUAAUGGAAGCUCUACAGUCAGGAGCAGCCUUCCGUGAUCGACGAAAACGAACACCACGCAACGGUGAUCAAAGCCCCUCCAGUCCAGCCUCUCGGUGGCCGGGUGCUAACUAUGGUAACAGAACCCUAGACAACCGCCGCGCAGUCCUGGAAAGGUCUCGUUCACGCCACAACGCAAAUCACCAAGCUCGAUGAUCGCCCGCGCCUACCAGAAGACGCUAGAUAAGUGCCAAAGAGGCCGGCGAAGUGGAGACCAGGAAGAUAACUGAAGGAGGGGCAUAGCACCCCUCAGUGUGGCAUGCACACGCAGAGUACUAACACAAACACACACAGAAUCAAGUAUGGAGCAAGAAUCUACAAUACAUCACACAUUUAAUAUCCAUGCUGUUCCUCUGACGCCUUACAUAUUUAUUCAAUUCUGUCAUCACUCAAAAUCUCCCUGUCCUGUCCUGAUGGUUUAAAUCAUAAAAUAGAAAAAAAUAAGGCUGCUGCUGUUUGAAAGGUUUUCAACACCUGAUUCUUACUAGGCUUCUUUAAAACAUACUCACAUACGCAGUGAAAAUGGACAUUCUGCCAAGAAGGACUGCAACAUAAUGUACGCUCAUCACAUGCAGCUGCCCUGUGUGUGGAAAAUAAGGAUUUAACUGAACUCUAACAGAAGAAAAUUUUUGUCCUUCCUCUAACCAACUUGUAGAUUUUACCAGUAAAUGUAAACAGGAAUCAUUUCACUUCUUCACAUAUCCCACAAAGCCACAAGAGCUGGCCCCCCUCCUCCUCCCCCCGUCUGUGCCGAUUUUUCAGAGCAUGUGACUCACGGCCCUCCGAACUGUUAUCUCCCUUUUUGACAAGAUGUAUUUUAUUUUUAGUUGCGCAACAUCUAACCAAAGCCUGCGGGUGCUGAUCUCUGUCCCAAGGUCGCUUUUGCUGUUAACAUGAGAGACUGACACAUUUCUAAAUGCAUACAGCUGCCUGGAGGAGCCUAUGUGACCUUUGUGACCUUUCUGGUGCUCACGCAGGUUUGUCAGUCAGGGGAAGACUUCAUUAUUCUGAGGUAUUUUAUUAUUCACCUAUCUGAAAAUGUCUGUUUCUUAGUCUCUUAUAAGACAACAGGAAAUUAAGGGAACACUUAAUGAAGGCCGCCUCUAUAACACAUUAUAAACAUACUGUUAAUGCUCCUCUGAUGCAGUGUAAUCAUAGGUUUAAGCCUCAUGGUUAUUUGUAAUACUAUGACAGUACUCAUGACUCAUUCUAACAAAAGUAGGGAUAAGGAACUGAUAAGAUACUGAUAAUGUGUUAUAUUAUCCCUGUAAGGCAUUUUAAAAUGACCUAUAAAAUUGUGUGGCAGCGCCACUUGCUGUUUAAGUUCUUUGCAGAUGAUGCCACGCAACAGCGGAGAAACCAGUUGGGGGGCAAGUAGUGAUUUCUGCAUAGAGAAACACUAAAGGCCAUUCUGAGUUGUUUACAACUGGUUAGAUUUUUUAGCAGUUUGACUUUUUAAAAGUAGAUUAAAAACGACAAAAGAUGGAGGGAAGGAAACUGGUACUCAAACGAGAGCCAGCUACCCUGGCUCACAUAAAGAAGCUGUUAGGUUGAACAGGCUCAUCUGUGAAUGGCACAUCAUCACUCGGUCGCUCCUUCGUAGGGUUUAUUUGGUUGAUAGCACAGCAUUUUUUAAAAUGGAAAGAUUGUUUGUGACAAAAUAAUGAAUCUGUUAUAUGUUAAAGGGGCUCAGCUGGCCUCUUAGCUCAGGACAAGAAAGACUCCUUAAGACUCUUGUCUCCCUUCAUCGAGCCAGAUGAGGCUAGAUGCUAGUAAUUUGUGAUAUUGAUCACCUCCAAGCCAGGUAAUUCAAUUUAACUAUGGAAAAGAAAUCACUUUUUUUAGAAUUAUUAUCAAUGUAUGUAGAGGUUUUCUGAUGAUAAAUACUGUGCAAAGGUCAAUGUAGAACAUUAAAACUUUUCUCAGUUCCCAUUUAUUUCUAAUGGCUGUCCUGUACUUCCUGACCCCCACUGUAAAUUUGGGAUUACAGGAUUGCAAACAGCAUAGUUACAGAGAUAACAUUAAGAUUUCCCCACUUAUAAUACAUUCUAAUCAUUCUAUAACACAUUAUAAUCACUAAGAUAAUGUUAUUAUAGAUACCUGUAAGUUGUCAUUAGAUGCUAUGGGUAAAGUCAUGCAACCCCUGAAUUACAAUCCAUUACAAACUGGAUGUAAAUCACUUUAAGUAGUCAUUGUUUGCUUUAAGUGAAGAGAAAAGAUCUGUUGUAUAGGACUAGAUGUUGCUAUCCCUCGAUGAAUACUUAAGGCACUGAUGCAAUGCAAUAACAACAUUAAAAAAUGCUGUAACAUUUAUUUUUAACAUGUGUUUCAAACUUUUUGGUGAUCAAAAUUUUACUCACUUAUUGAUCCAAGUUACAGACAUUUUUCAAGAUUAUUUUCUUGGCAUUUUUGCCUUAGAAAAAGUAAGAGACCAGAUGCACAGGAUAGCAGGGAGACCAGGACUUGAUCCUCCAACCAGUGCAUCGCGGACUACGGCCUCUUAAAUGGGCGCCAACUCUACCCAAUGAGCUAAACCAGCAACCAAGACAGUAAACAUUAAAGACUUUAUAAAGACACUUUAAUAGUUUUAACUUGUUUCCCUUUAAAUUAGAGCUUAGAAGUUUUUAAGGAUACUUUUUGAUAAUUAAUGUUUGAAAAACUAAUUAUAUAGUGUCUAUUUAAGUCAUAAUAACAAUUGGAAUUUCAUAAUGAAUUUUAAGUGUGAAAAUCUUAUUGCACUCUUUUUCUGGAUAUAUUUUGUGCUUUCUUUAUGCUUUAAUUUUGGAGGGAUAGAGUCGUAAACAGGAAUGAGAGACAUGCAGGAAAGGAGCCAUAGGCCGAACUUGAACCCAAAACGCCUGCGUGCAUGGGGUGCAACCUAACCACAAGCCACCAGCUGCAACCCAGUCUUAAUAACAAAUGAUUGCCUAUGAGGUAGAUGCACACUAUAAUACAUUCAAAAUGUGUUAAUGAUACAUUUUAGACUUACAGAAUGAGUUAUGAGCACUGUUAUAAAGCAUUAUAAAUAACCAGGAGUGCUUAUAUCAAUGGUUACACAGCAUUUUAAGUGUGUUUUAAUACAUUUUAAGUAUAAUUAUGGUGUAUUCCACAGCUAGGCUUCAUAGAAAGUGUUACUGGAAUUAUAUUUUGGGGAGAAAAUGGUUUUAAGAGAGCUGCUUGAUUUUAAGCCCAUUGUUGGUGAGAACAAAUGAAUCCAAAUUGUGUUAUUUAAAACUCUCUUUAGCAGGAUAUUUAACCAUUUUUAUAAUUGAUGUGACAAAGCCAAGCAGCUUCAAAAUCCACUCCUGACAUUUAAAUGGAUAAAUUGACAAUGUUGAACCAAAUGUGCCAUCUUUUUGAGGCCACUCGUAGCAACAGGAGAUAUUUUUGUCAUACAUAUAAAAAAGAAGCUUUUUUGAGGCACUCAAAUGCACCGAGGGAAUCCGUGUCUCAAACACCAAAAGAUGUCAGAACUACAAAAGGUAUCAAUGACCCUUCCUCUUGUCAGGAUCUGUUUAUUCUUAACUAUAAAGGCUUAACGUUAAAUUAUACCUAAUGAAGCUUUCUAGCAGCUAAACAAACACAUGCCUCCUCCAUGUUCCACAGAGUUAAACUUUGCUGUAAGCCUCCCUGCACAUUUUCUUCACGUGAACUAUUUAUUCAUGUAUUCAUGCCUGGGGCGGCCCUGUCCCCCCACUGCCCCAAACUGUAAGCAGAUGCUACUAAAAACAACCACGGAAUCCACAUGGAGAUCGGGCACGAGCAGAAUAAUCGAGUACAGGGGGGCACACGAGACAAGAUGAUUCUUGUCUUAGCAAGCGGGUCUCCAAACGCCCUCUGAUUCCCUGGCACUAAAGGCAUAAGUGACCCUGUUACCACAACACAAGUAACUUCAGUAAUACCACAACUCUGCUUUAGGCUUUUUUUCCUGUUUGCGUGUGAUUUUUUUGGGGAGUAUUUGUGCGUGUGUGCCAGCUCAGUAAUCGGAACAGGAACCCAGGCAAAAUAGGAUUCAGUGUGCUUGACUCCUGGGCUGAAAGAUGGAGAUUUUUCAUUUAAACAAUCUGCCAGUGCAGCUUGUGAUGUGUCUGUUUCAUGAUGCCUCCUCUGCCAGCCGGCAUGUUUCUAAAAAACCCAAUUUUACACAUCAUCUCGGCUCAAGGUGCAUCCACAAUGCUCGGAGAUGUCUGCAUAUUUACGAAGACAAUAAUUCUCCUCUGAAUAUAAGGUUGGAGCAGAUAGAGAAUGAGGUUUCUGCAUAAGGGAUUCUGCACAGAUAGGACUGUUAAAGGCGUGUCGUAUGCAGCAGAUAGGAGGUGAUUUCCCUUCUCCAAUCACCUCUACGUGUGCAGUUUGAAGUGUUGGAUAACACCUUUUUCCCUCCAUUAUUCAUCAUAUCUGCUGUCACAUUUGGAUUCUGCACAAAGCAAAAUAAUCAAGUCUUAUUUUAUAUUUCCUUUAUAAUUUGAUUUUUUGCCCGUUAUAACUAAUUUAGCUUUUUCUGCAUGUGCCAAGGUUGUUUUUGUGAGAAACACAAAACUCUCAUACAAAGAAAUCCUUGUUUUUUUUUAAUAUAUUUUAUUUUUCAAAGGGAGUACAGGUCUCUUAUUAUUGUCCAAGUUUGACAAACAUUGUACAGACAUUUAAAAAAAAGUGUAUUUUAGCCAUUGUUGAUUCAACAUUGAUCCAACUAAAGCUGUCUUUCAAAGUAGGAGAUUUUGAUGUGAUAACAAAAUGAUAGUCGUGGUAUUUCUUAUCAAAAAUGCUUUUUAAAUGUGUUAUAAAAUCUGUCAUGACGCCAUUGUAGAACGGUGUUCGCCAUUGUAGAAGUUCAUACCAUGCAGCUUUUCUGCAACAGCUGUGCAACGAACACUACAUUUAAAAAAAAAAAAUGCAACCCAAAACUGAAAUCAAGGAGAAAUCUAAAGGGGUAUUUCAGCAUUUUUGAAGUGGAGUUGUACAGCAGUAGUAGUUGCAUUAGCCUCCAGUGAUUUCCUUUGAGAAGGACUCAUUGAUUGUACCUGCCAGGAAGCAGGAAGCUAGGCUAUACAGCGUAACAGAUGGGUACAGUUUCUCUGCAGAACUUAGUGACUUUUUGGUAAAAAAUGGGCCACAAAACAAUGUUGGCUCAAAUGUACUAUUGAAAACUUUUGAAGCAUUACAUUUUUUACCCAAGAAGCCUUUGUGUUUUUGUCCCUAUAUUGCAAUGCAAGAGCACGUAACCAGUAGCCAAAGCCAGCACUGCAAAAUAGUAACAAUAACACUGAGGCUUUCUGGGUAAGAAAUAAAAUGCUUCAGAAGUUUUCAACAGAGCAUACAUUUGAGCCAACAUUUUAUUUUGUCCCAUUUUAACCACAUUGUUAAAAUGCCACAUUGUUUUGCAACAAUAUGACCAUUUGUGCCACCUUCUUAGCACUCUUAUCCCAUUUCUGCCUCUUGGAACCCAUUUUGCCACUGAUUUACAACAGUGCAACCUUUUUUCUUCCUUUUUGGCUCUCUUAUACCAUUUUUGCCACUUAACAUCCAUUUUUUUGCCACUGUUUUGCAAAAUUACAACUAUUUCUGCUACCUUUGUGGAAACUUCAUCACAUUUUUGCCACUGUGUUGCAACAUUACAACAUUUUUGACUGUGUUGGCAAUGCAUUAGCACGUAACCCGUAGCUAAAUUGUGACCCAAAAAUAAAUAAAUAAAUAAAUAGUAAUUUUUCUUCAAAAGUUUUCAAUUUUGCAUAUGUUUGAGCCAGAAUUGUUCUGUGGCCUAUUUUACCAAAAACUCAAAAUUGCCAUAUUUUCCACUUUGUGCCCAUACUGGUUUGCAACAAUACGACAAUUUCUGCUACCUUUCUGGCACUCUUAUCCAAUUUUUGCCACUUUACACUCAUUUUUUGCCACUGUUUUGCAAAAUCAUGUCAUCAAGACUGUUUGCAUUGCAAGAGCACGUAACCAGUAGCCAAAGCCAACGUUGCAAAUAGUGACAGGAACACAGAGGCUUUCUGGGUAAAAGAAAUAGAUAAUGCUUCAAAAGUUUUUAAUAGUGCAUAUGUUUGAGCCAGCAUUGUUUUGUGGCCCAUUUUACCACAAACUCAAAAAUUGCCAUAUUUGCUAC